AUGUCCGCGUGCGCGGCGUGCAGGUCGACGAGGACGGCGUACGCGUGUCCGAGAUGCGGCGCCCGCGUGUGCGCGCUGAAGUGCUACGAUGGACACAACGAAGGGAGGUGCGCGAGGGCGUUUCGGGACCGCGAGGCGGAGGACGCGUUGCGCGGCGAGCGCGCGAGCGACGACGCCAAGGAGGCGAUGCGCGAGGUCUUGGUGCGACGGGCGCGAGGGAUGAUCGGGAGUGAGGGCUCGGCGAGCGAUGACGAGGGAGGGGAGAGCGAGGGUGGGGAGAGUGAGGACGAGAGCGGCGGCGGCGGCGCGCGGUGCGCGCUCAGCGAGGCGAGUCUGGAACGGCUUAGCAUCGGCACUGAGCUCGAUGUGGACGGAUUAAGCGAAGAAGAACGUGCGAGUUUCGAGCGUGCGCUCGCGAGCGGGGCUCUGUUCGAGCGUUGGAUCCCGUGGUGGGAGUCGGCGGCGGCGGGAAGCGAGCGCGCGAGCGCUCGCGGAUGUCGAGCGGUUGAGGUCGCGGACGCCCCAGCGGAGACCUCAGGUAAGGCGUCGGAGAGUGAUAUUCCUCCGCUCGCGAGCCCGAGCGAGCUUUUGGACCCGUUCGAGGUCUUGAGUGGAGGACGAGAAGCCCCGGAGGCGCUUCGAUGGCACUGCGUCAACGCGCUCGCCGCGUACACGCUCGUCAAGCGCGUGUACAACGGCGAUUGGCGCGGGGCCGAGCUCGAGGCGUGCGAGACCGCGCUCGAACUCUCCGCCGUUCUGAGCGCCGAACACGGCGCCGUACCGGAGGCACAGUGCGCCGCCGACGCCGUGCUCGACGUCGUCCGCCGAGCCGCCGCGUCGCUCCGCGCCGCCUCCACGCGAGAGCUCCACGCCUCUCUCCUUCGCGACGUCCUCGCCGUGUUCACCCUCGGUCCAUCGGCGUGCGUUCGCGCCUUCCUGGAUCUCACGCGAGCCCUGGACGCGGCCGACGCGACCUCGCGCGCGCGCCGCCGCGGCGCGUCCCGCCGCGCCCGCGUCCGGGCCAAGGCGCGAUACCUCGCCGCCUACCUCGCCGCCACCCCCGACGUCGCGCGUCGCGUCGCCCGCGCCCUGGACGACGCCCGACCGUUUCUCGACGACGCGUCGUCGCCGGACGAUCGCGCGCGCCCGCUCGCCUUUUGA